CCACUGGUGAACUCCUAGAGUCCACUAUAACGAGUGACUAGCUAGCUAUAUAUAUAUAAUUGUCUGUCCUUCUUUAAUAGUUAUCACUAGUACCACUUCUCCUUUCACUUCAUGAUUCUGCGUUGUCGACGGUGACAUGUUAUUAUCACUAGUGAAGACCUUAGUCUUGGCGGUGAUAAUCUUCUAAUUAGUCCGUCAAGUGAUUGGCUGUCGGAAUGUCCCGCGUCCUGGCUGCAGCCUGCCAGGCCGCCCAUGUGCUUAUUCGUAAUACGAUGCCCCUCCUUCAAGGCUUUCGACCCGAAAGCCCUCUUAGGCCGUUUCAAAUAGCGCUAAUAACCCUUCGCUUAGAAACGGAAGUCGUAUUCUGCACGUUACCGUGCUUCCCUUGCUUAGAACAUCGCUGAGAACGGUUUUGUCGUUAUGCCUUGCUCUUGGUGCGCGUCGCAAGGCCUUGUUUGCAAAAUGAUCGUACGUACGAAGCGUUGCGAAGCCUGCGUUUGUCGAGGUCGUUCUUACGAUGGCUCUGGCAUACCGCUUUCUUCCUGUAAGUACAAGGAGUUUUUGGUGGAGAAAGGUGCCGACAUGGUGGCGCGUGGUCUGUCGACCUUGGACGAGUUGGAGGAGGUUGAGCGGCAAGAGACGCCUGCUAUGCCCUCGUCACAGAUUAAUGAUGCCGUCGAUGCUAUCGACUGGGGCGCCGUCUUUGGUUCUGUCCCGGGUUUUCCUUUAGUCGAUCCGGAUUCUGCCGGUGGAACUGUUCCAGUUUCUUAGGGCAGUUUAAAUUCUUGACUGGUUCCUAUGAGUUGUCCUCUGGUCCAAAAUCAAGCCAUUUGACCAGGUACUGUAGUUCCCUGUUGAUAAUACGUGAAUCUAGAAUUUCUUUGACGUCC